AUGGCCACAGCAGGCGGAGGAGAAGAGGCGGCAGUACAACGUGUAUUACGCUUUAGUGACGUUGUACAAGAGCCACUGGAAAUUCUUGCACCCAUCGGCGGCUAUUCGAAAGUACCCCUUGUUUCACUUGAAGAAGCAGUGAAACCACUUGUUCCUAUUCUACCUGAUGUUCAAGCUCAUGCAUACGUCGCUAAAUUAAAAUGUAAGAAACCUGCCGAUAAUUUAACACAAGAUGAAUCUGCUUCGAUUAUGUUGUACACCAUGGGAUGGGAGCCUCUUGACGAAUGUCUAUACGUGGUCUUGAAUGACACACUGCGCGCCAAAAAUCGCCAACAGAGACUCCCAUUUUGGUAUCUCUAUUUGAGACUAUUUUUAAAUGCAUUGUUUCGUCUUCCGUUGGUUCCUGCGAUGGCAUACAGAGGUGUUAGAUUAGACCUCAGCAAUCGCUAUAUCAAAGGAGAAUCAAUUGUGUGGUGGGGUUUCUCAUCAUGCACAACAUCUGUCGAUGUGCUAGAUUCAGAAAUAUUCUUGGGAAAAACAGGCAAAAGAACUAUGUUUACCUUACAAUGUAAAUCAGCAAGAGAUAUUAGCCAGCAUUCGUUUUACCCAGCUGAAGAUGAGGUACUUCUUAUGGCUGCAACUCAAUUCAAAGUAAAAGGUUGCCUUACUCAAGGUAAUCUUUACAUUAUUCAACUGGAAGAAACUACUCCACCUUUUCCACUCCUACAACCAGUACCUAUUAUUGGUUCAUUAUCAAUUCAUUCCAAUUCACCUGGUGAGUUCGAAAGAUAA